AUGUCAUUAUUCGUCGGCCAGACUCACAUCAGUUGCAGUAAAAUAUUGACCAGGUACACAAUUAUCUGUAAUUAUCGUGUAUUUUUACAUUAGAAUAAGAAAUUGUCUGUUAACAAUUUUUUAUUUAAGUUUUUUCUUCGAUUUUUUUUAUUACAUUAUUUUUAAUUUUUGGGCGAGCAAGAACAUUUUUUUUUGGGGGGGGGGGAGUAUUUUUGAAGUUUCACGCAACAUUAAAUUUCCAGCCCUAUUUGUAAACGCAUAUAGUUAUAUAAAAAUGAGGGGGGGAAGGGAAAGUUGGUUGAUCGUGUAUAAUAUAUGUAUUAUUAUAGAGUGCACAUUAGACGAACGGAUAAAGGCUUACAGUAUCUGUUGCAGAAUGUAGACAAAUACAUGUAUCACGUCGAACAAUAUUACAGAAUGCGAAAAUUGGACGUCGACAAAGUGAAAAGACUGAUUUAUUUGGAAUCGGAAGGCAUGAGUAUAUAUGCUCGAGUGAAAACAAAGUAUUUUGAAAUAAUAAUUACAAUAUUUUUUGGUACAUGCGUUUUACGAAUAAUCGAAUAAAUGAAACUCAUUUUUAAAGAUACCCGGAAUACGAAGUGAUUGGUGUCGAAAAUAUAAUGGAAAAUGGACGAGAUUUCGACCAAUCUAUCUAUAACAACAUCACCGACGUACAUUUUUUGUCACCUUGCGAUUUCAUAAUCUGUACUUUUUUAUCUAAUGUACGUGAAGUUGUAUAUUAUAUACAUUUUAAACAAAAGCGCAAUUAAAAAGAUACGGACAUACUUUGCACGAUAGGUGGGUCACUGUUGUAGGUGAGAAAUUGAGAAAAUUGAAUGUAUAUCUGUACGCAACGAUUACCCAUUGGUAACAAAACACGAUUCUGAGCGGAGUUCAGUUGAUAGUGUAAAUUGCUUUGUCAACAAUACAUAAAAUAUCAUACUGUGGUAAAAAAAUUACAUAUUAUACACUAUAUAUUUUCUUUAAUGAUAUUAAUUUAUAUUGUACCUGUUUUCCCGUUUUCCUUACGUUUUUCUGGUUUUUCCCAUGUUUUUUCCUAGUUUUUCCCAUUUAUUAUGAAAACCGCUGAGAAAAUCAAAAAAUGACCUCCAUAAAGUACCAUCUCGGUCAGAUUUUCUUUCAGACAAAGUGCUGUAAUUGAAAAUUGGUGAAAAAUUGCCGGUAUAGAUGUUGUUCACAGAUAAAAAAUCCAAAAUAAUAAUAAACACCAUUUAAAACCAAUACGUUCUUCACGCUCUGCUCAGAAUUUAAAAUAAAUAAUAGACAUAGGAAAGCCGCUGUAGUAGGUAUGGACAAUUUAGUAAAGUAAAAUUUAAAUUUUCAGCAGAGCUCGGCGUGUAUAACUGGUUUUCAGAAAACAAAAAAAGGUUAUUCUUCCGUUGUUUCAAUAAUAUUAACACGAGUAAACAUUUAAUCUUAUUAUUUAAUCACGAAGUCUCAUUUUUUAUAGCGUAACGAAUAGGUAAAGUAUUACUAUAGUGCACAGUUAUGUGCUUCUGUCUAUUGUCAAUACAAUAUUUCAACUGAAAAAGAAUCGUUCCGCAAAUAUCAAUAUAUGGGAUGGUUUCUGGUAGCAAAUUAAGUCUAAUGAGUGCAUCGGAAAAAAUGUAUUUUUAAAAAGGACUGCGAUUUUAAUAAUAUUGAUUUUUACGUCAGGUAUGUCGAAUGGUCUACGAAAUGACGACUUUCUUUUAUCCAAACGCGUCAGCCAUGUUUAGAUCUUUGGACGAAGUGUACAAUUAUUCGCGGGAGCUCCACCAACUGUACGUUUGCGUAGCACCCCGUCAUCCCGAUUAUGAGGAAAUAGAACUAAAAAAGGACGAUCAGAUCUGUUGGAACUCAACCACUGAAAGUCUGGAAAGGGUUUUCGACCGGAUUGAAUUUAAGAAUGAAAGAGAGAGGUUUAUUUCCUACGUUUAAGGUACCGAUAAAAUAUUUACAAUAAUUCACGGUUAUAAGUGAAAAAUGUUUUAAAUCACCAAAUUGUAAAAAAUGAGGUAUACAUACUAAAAAAGCCGACAAAAUCUUUAUUUUUUCACAUACUUUAGUGACUUUCAUUAUACAAAAUCUUUCAAAGGAAAAGCUAAAUCUGACACAUUAACUUAA